UGCCACGGCAACCGCCAGCUCUGAGACGAGGUAUCCGAGGUUAAGGAGACAGAGAGCUGGACAGAGGGACUUUCGAAGAAAACGGAGAAAGGGAUGGCUACGGAGGACAAGCCGAGUGUGAAGAGCAGCAGCUCCAUCGUCCCCUGCUUCCUGUUUGUGGAGCUGGUGAUCAUGGCUGGGACGGUUCUUCUGGCUUAUUACUUCGAGUACACGGACACCUUCCCCGUGCACGUCCAGGGCUUCUUCUGCUACGACAAGACCUUCUCAAAGCCCUACCCGGGUCCGGACGACACCAGCAAGAUCCCCCCGGUGCUCAUCUACUCGCUUGUCACAGCCAUUCCCACCCUCACGAUUCUUGUCGGAGAGCUGUGUGCCUUCUUUACCAAGGCGGAGGGAACCCAGGAGAAGACCAUUGUCACUGCGGAUUGCUGCUACUUCAACCCCCUGCUGAGACGCAUAAUACGCUUCCUAGGUGUCUACGCCUUCGGCCUGUUCACCACUACCAUUUUCGCCAAUGCCGGCCAAGUGGUGACAGGAAACCAGACGCCUCACUUCCUGUCUGCCUGCCGACCAAACUACACAGCGUUAGGCUGCCAGUCCACCAUGCAGUACAUCACAGAGCGCCGUGCUUGUACCGGCAACCCGCUGGCUGUCAUGUCUGCACGUAAAUCCUUCCCGUCCAAGGAUGCAGCACUCAGCGUCUUCUCAGCAGUGUACACAGUGAUGUACGUGACGCUGGUGUUCAAGACCAAAGGCACACGGCUGACCAAGCCCACCAUCAGCCUCACCCUGCUCUGCCUGGCUAUGAUAGUAGGCGUAGUCAGGGUGGCUGAGUACCGCAACCACUGGGCUGACGUCCUGGCGGGAUUCUUCACCGGGGGGUCCAUCGCUGUCUUUUUGGUGACUUGCGUGAUUAACAACUUCCAGCAGAUGCAGCCCAGUCCUCCUCCACCGCGACCCUACCGUCCAGAGUCCGUGCUGGGGAUGCCCAUGGUGACGCUGCCGUGCGUGGAGAGUCCACUCGAAAAACUCCGCGGGAAUCUCCAUUCACCGAGAUCACAUGACCAUCAGCCCUAUCGGUUCCCCGCCACCCCCGAUGUCCUCAUACCGUCUCGCUCCAUUUCCAGCGAAGUCUAGACCAGCCCGAGCAGCACUCGCCACACUGCGCCGCCCAUCCGGCUGGGCGGUACGCGACGCUGCACCGCUCCUAUUCCACGCAGGUCUAGAUCUCCCCUAAUGCACAAAAAAACACACACGCCAUCCCUUCUUGCCCUCUUAACCCCCGGGGAACCGAUAGGCAAAACUCUUCUAAGACUUUCUCUUUGCCGUGUUGACGGUAAAGAGCUGAACAUUCAGUGCAGUGUCAGGUACAUCUUUUUUUUCUUUUCUUUUUUCUUUUUCAAUCUUUUUUUGGUUGUAUUUCUGACUUUUUUUGUAUAAACUCAAUCAUGUGAAGCUCACUGAUGUUUCAUCUUCAGUGGUGCGCUCUGUAAAGGAA